AUGAGCGGCAAGCGGUAUGCCUUCGUUCCCAUGGAGGAUGAGGAGGUUGGGCCUCAGAAAGUCGAGAAGAAGUCCAAGAGCAAGCAUCGCGACCGCGACCGCGACCACGAUAGAGAUAGGGACAGAGACCGGGACAGAGGCUCGUCCCGCCGCCACCAGCAAUCCAGGCACAGUCGCAGUCGCAGUCGCAGUCGCUCGCCGCGCGAGUCGCGCAGCAGCAAGUCCAAGUCCUAUCGCACCAAAGAACGGACCAACGAUGACUUUGACGACCGCUGGGGCGACCAGGAGCCCUCCGACGACGAGGCCGCCGCCGACGAUGAACCCGAAUUCCAGGAAUCCGCGUCGAAGCGAGUCAAGCUCAGCCAUGAUGACCAACAAGACGACGCAGACCUCUCGGACUCGGCACGCGACAGAAAGGAGGCCGACGACUUCGCCAAACGUCUGAAGGCGCGCGACGAAGAGAAGACCAAGAAGCUUGUCGAGGACCGGUCCUCCGGCAAGGCGGGCAGGGCACAAGACGAGCGCCGCCGCCUGGCCGAUGACGAGGCUGCAAGACGGGCUGCCAUGCCUGACCUGCGCGAGCGAUCGAGACAGGACUACCUCAAGAAGCGAGAGGCCGAACGGCUGGCCUUGCUGCGCAAGCAGGUCGCCGAAGAGACUGCCGAGCUGCGCAGCGGGGUGCGCCUUAGCGAGAAGGAGAAGGCCGAGUUCGCCAAGAACCGUGAGAUUCUCCGUCUGGCCGAGGAGCGGCUGCGCAUCGACGACCACCGCGAUGGCUACUACAUGCCCGAGGACUACAUCACGGAGAAGGGCAAGAUUGACAAGAAGAAGAAGGAGGACGCGCUGUACAAACGGUAUGUCGAGAAGGACGAGUACGGCCAGGAGAAGUUUGUCACAGAACACGAGGAAUGGGAGAGGGAGCAGGCCCAGAAGGCCAAGGCACAGAUCAACCGGGCCGAGAGAGAGUACGAGGGAGACUAUGAACUGGUCCUGGAUGAAGAGCAGUACAUCAACUGGAACCUCGACGCAACGCUCGCUGGCGAGGGCAAGCAGCUGACCAAGGAGCAACGCUUCUUGGAAGCACAAAUCGAUGCCGCAGAGAAGGCUGCCCUGUCGAUCCAGGAGACCCGGAAGAGUCUGCCCAUAUAUGCCUACAGGGACGAGUUCAUCCAAGCUAUCAACGAGUAUCAGAUCCUCGUAAUUGUGGGAGAAACCGGCAGUGGUAAAACGACACAGCUGCCUCAGUAUCUACACGAGGCUGGCUUUACCAAGAACGGGCAGAAAGUCGGGUGUACACAACCACGAAGAGUGGCGGCGAUGAGCGUUGCUGCCCGUGUGGCUGAUGAGAUGGGCGUCAAGGUUGGUAACGAGGUGGGCUACUCCAUCCGUUUCGAGGACAACACGAGCGACAAGACUAUUCUGAAGUACAUGACGGAUGGUAUGUUGCUGAGAGAGUUCAUGACGGAGCCUGACUUGCAAGGCUAUUCGGCACUGAUGAUUGACGAGGCUCACGAGCGGACUGUCCACACGGAUAUCCUCCUGGCCUUGAUCAAGGAUCUUUCCCGCGAGCGGCCGGACUUGAAGCUCCUCAUCUCUUCGGCUACCAUGAACGCGGAGAAGUUCGCCAAGUACUUUGACGACGCUCCCAUUUUCAAUAUUCCUGGCCGCAGAUAUCCCGUGGACAUCUACUACACACCAGCACCCGAGGCCAAUUACCUGGCUGCGGCUAUCACUACCGUGUUCCAGAUCCACAGCACUCAAGGCAAAGGAGACAUCCUCGUCUUCCUUACUGGACAGGACGAGAUUGAUGCUGCAGAACAGGAGCUGACCGAAACCGCCCGAAAGCUGGGGAAUCGCGUUAAGGAGCUGAUUGUUUGUCCCAUUUACGCCAACUUGCCCUCUGAUCUACAAGCCAAAAUCUUCGAGCCUACCCCGCCUGGGGCUCGAAAGGUAGUCCUGGCGACAAACAUUGCAGAGACAAGUUUGACAAUCGAUGGCAUUGUGUACGUCAUCGACCCUGGAUAUGUCAAGGAAAACGUCUUCAACCCUGCAACGGGCAUGUCAAACCUCGUUGUCGUGCCAUGCUCCAGGGCCUCCGCCAACCAACGAAGCGGAAGAGCCGGUCGUGUGGGCCCUGGAAAGUGCUUCAGGCUAUACACCAAAUAUGCCUACAUGAGUGAGAUGGACGAGUCCACUACCCCGGAGAUUCAGCGAACCAACUUGAACAGUAUCGUGCUGAUGCUCAAGUCUCUGGGUAUCAAUAACCUGCUCGACUUUGAGUUCAUGGAUCCCCCACCGACGGAAUCACUGAUCGGCGCUCUGAACCAGCUGUUUGCUUUGCAGGCUCUUAACCACAAGGGUGAACUCACAAAGGUUGGCAGGCAGAUGGCCGAGUUCCCAACAGACCCAAUGUUAGCCAAGGCUGUUCUUGCUGCCGACAAACUCGGAUGUGUCGAAGAGAUACUCUCGAUUGUGUCCAUGUUGAGCGAGGCAUCUGCUCUUUUCUUCCGGCCGAAAGACAAGAAGAUCCACGCCGACAGCGCUCGAAAUAGGUUCACUGUAAAAGAAGGCGGUGAUCAUCUCACCCUCCUCAACAUCUGGAAUCAAUGGGUCGACAGCGAUUUCUCUCCUGUCUGGUCACGUGAGAACUUCCUGCAACAGAGAUCGCUUACGCGAGCCCGCGAUAUCAGAGAUCAACUGGCAAAGCUCUGUGAGCGCGUCGAAGUUUCUCCAUCCACCUGUGGCGCCUCCAACAUCGACCCGAUCAAGAAAGCCCUGACCGCGGGCUUCUUCCCGAACGCGGCCCGUCUUCAAAGAAGUGGCGACUCUUACCGCACCGUCAAGAACAACACUACCGUCUUUAUCCACCCGAGCUCUGUCCUGAUGGGCUCUGACCCGCCGGAGAAAAUGGUCAUCUACUUUGAGCUCGUGCAGACGACCAAGGAGUACAUGCGGUCUUGCCUCCCCAUCAAGCCGGCAUGGCUGUCAGAAGUCGCACCUCACUUCCACAAGAAGGGUGAUAUUGAGAAUUUGGAAGAGCGCAAGAUGCCGAAGCAGCGCCGAUAG